AUGACCAACAACGGCAGUGAUGCUUCGAACGGUGAAGAACCCUCUGUAACUGAAUUCGUGUCUCCCUCUGGUUCGACCCUCAUCUGUGGUGGUGCUGUUCCCGGCACAGGAUUAGAGAUAUCGACUGAAGCAAGAGCUUUAGCCCAAAGUGUCAGUGAAGCCAGACUUGCACAAGAAGUUCUGACCCUUCGAGAAGAACUCAACAAGAUCAAGCAGCAGGUGUGCCAAGUGACCAAGUGUAACGGAGAAGCAACUCUCAGUUCCCUCCAAACUGCAGGAAACGUGGUAGCCAACGUCAUCCGUGGGAAUGGUAUGGUCGGUCAAAAUAGUCCGAUCUAUUAUAUCUACGAGUCUGUGAACAUUUCUAAAGAGAUCUCCGACAAGUAUUGGGUUGCAUCGAUACCACAGCUCUAUGAGGAGGUCUGCAGAAAUGAGCCUACCCCGUUCCGCGCGCUCUUCAAGGGUGCCAAGAAGGAUACUUAUGAAGAUCUCGGUAGGGCCUUGCUCGAGACGGUUACUAUGCUCGAGAAGUCCUGGAACUUUCCGUUGGAUAUCAUAGUGGCCCUAUUGCUACAUCAUGUCUACCAGUACGGUAAUGGCAUUCAUAAGAAGGCGGCUGAAACUGUAGUGCUGCGAUUAUUGGCUGCGGAAGGGGAUCGCGAAGUCGAGGACAUUUUGGACGAGAUCAAAGUUCAACAUGGGCACCUCCUUAGACCAUCCUUACCGGUGGAUGUAGACUAUGCAACUCUGAGUGGGGCAGCUAGGUUCAAGGAGAAGUCUGGAUGGGAGAGACUACUCUCUCUCCUGACCCAGGUUCUAGUUCGCAUUGGAUCGAGUCAGACUUGCCAUCUUGAAGCACGCUAUCGAUGGGAACAGUUGUCCCAAAAAUCGAAGGAGUGGCUGGUCGACUUUCUCUCUCGCGAGGAUGAGGCCUGGAGCGACAUGGUAGCUGCAUUCGCGUUCAAACGUGUACCCCCACCAAGUGACUAUGAUCGUGUGGUGAAAGUGGUUGGUGCGGUCAGCAAGCCUAUCCGCGAGCGGUUCAGUGAAGCUCUUCGGAGGAACAGGAAGGCGCCGGAGGAGCUUCUCUUCAAAGAUAUCACCAAGGAGCUCCUUUCUAUCGAGGCCGAGGCGUACGCGGUGUUACCCUGGGAAUAUGGCUCUGUGCCCAAGCACGUUUCGCGUUCCAAGGACUCUGCGGCUCGGUCGAGAACACACAGCAGUCCGGCCAGGGUAUCCGAUCACGUUAAGGAGAAGUCUGAAGGAAGGCCGGUUCGUCCCGACAGGUGGUGCACCAUUUGUAACAAGUACACCCGACACACGGCUCCUUUCUGCUGGAACAAUCCCGACUGCAAGAAUGCUCCUGAAUGGUUCAAGAACAAGCUCGAGAAGGAUACCAAAAAGUCCUCUGACGACGACAUCACGAACAGGGAGGAUGCUCCUACCUAUAUGGUGACUUCUCUGAUGGCAGAGCCUCUGGCGGUUCCGGCGGUGUUGGCCCGGCUUCGUUCCUCUGCCUAUCCAGAUCGAGAUGUGAUAGUGGCCGUCGAUACACUAUGCGAGCUCAACCUCAUUCACGAGGACUUGAUCCACUACUGCGAGAUCGUAGAUUGCCCCCGUGACGAACUGCCCACGCUGGCAGGUUUCAAGAGUGGAAGGGUUGUGCCUAGAUGCAAGGUGCGCCUGAGCCUAUCCUUUGAGGGCAAAAGAUGUUUCCUUUACGCUCUCGCCGUCGACCUACGAUCAACGUGUGUGGAGAUGGAUGUUGUCCUCGGGGCUCAGUCACUUCGAAGGAUGGGUGCGGAUGUGUGUCUUACGGACGACAGGCUUCAGGUGAAGGACCUCGGUAUCGCGAUUCCCUUGGUCAGACUAGAUCGCAAGCCUCAGCCGGUCUGUUCCGUCCCGGUUUGUAGCAUGGUAGAGGCGGUGAACUAUGAGGAGCUUUCGGCCAUCUGGUCGGAGGAGCGUCUCACGACAUCUAUGAAGGAGAGGCUUGCGGACAUCGGGUAUGUGGCCCCGGUGCUCGAUUUUGAUAUUCCUGAGUCCUACCGGAAGACCCCCUACCAAUGCCAAGCUCCUUACAACAUUCCGGCUAAGCUAGUACCCGGUGUUCACGACAAAAUCCGCAAGGAGGUGCUGGCUGGACAUUGGGAAGAAGUAGCUCCCACUGCAUCCAUGUGGAUUAGUCCAUGCUUCGCCAAGGCGAAAGGAAGACUUAUUGAAGAAGGACCGGCCAAAGGCGAGGAAGCGGUUCGACUACUAGUAGAUCUACGGCGAUUGAACACUAUGGUGGACAUUCCCGACUAUUUCCGGGAUGAUGGCCUCUCGGCGGCGGAAUUUGUGCGUCAGGUUGAUCAAAGUGCGAGGUACUUCACCACUGUGGACGUUGAAGCUGCUUUUGAGAGCAUACCGGCUGCACCUAGGGCUCAAGACUUGAUGUGUUUUGCUAUCGGCGGUCGCGUAUACCGUAGCAAGGUGGCCCUCCAGGGAUUGGGGCUGAGCCCUCUAUUGUGGCAAUAUCAUAUUCGGCAUGGGCUUCAGACUCUCCUCGGAGAAAGCUACCGUGAGUACUGUGCUAUCUUCAUGGAUGACAUCCUCAUCUGGGGCGAUACUGCUGAUCAGUGUGAACGACGCCGGAAGGUGGUGGUGGCCGCUAUCAAUGCUCUUGGGAAGAGGGUAAGCUCUAAGUGUGGUCCUUCUAUUGGUGCGAGCGCUGUCUGCAUUGGGCUAGAGUUCUCCGCCCGAGGAAUCCGGCUGAGCGACGAGAGCAUAGCUCGGCUCAAGAGUGCGCUCGCCCAGACUCCUACUAGUGGGUCCCAUCUGAGACGAAUCCUGGGGUCCAUUAACUACGCCCGCAGCGCCUUUCAGUUCGAUCGGCUUGCGGGGUUUGGGGAGACCCUCAAGGUCCUGACGCCAUUGGUCAACAAGAAGCCAUUCAAGAUCUCGCCCGAGGCAGAGGAUGCCCUAAAGCGGCUGUCUGAGAGCAUCGUCAACGCCCCUCUAGGUCUUCACUCGUACAAAGACUUGAUAUGUGGUGAGGCUAGCUCCUGGGUUGUGACUGUGGACGCUUCUGACCUUGCCAUUGGGGCUGCGCUCUUUCGGUAUAAUGGGCCUUCCCAGGAAGUCUCUAUGGAGGACUUGAAAGACCCCGAGAAAGCGGUAUUGGUUGGUGCUUUAUCUCGUGCUCUGUCGGGCGAUGAGGUAAAGUUAAUGAUCUAUGAAAAGGAGAUGCUGGCCCUCAUGGCCGCCAUGCAGAAGUGGGGCAAGCUGUUCAUAGCUACCACCAGGCCAAGAUCUCCAAGAGAGUCACAGAGUGAGGCUAAGAUCCUGGUGUUAACUGACAAUACUAUCAGUCUCUCUCGAUGGACUACUUACCGGCUCCCUCUCUCCCCUUUGAUUAGCGCCAAGUCGCGCCGUUUCCUCUCGUGGAUCGAGGAGGCCAGUGAGUGGAGAUAUCUACCCUACACGGUGAGGCACUGUACUGGUACCUCUAACGACGUGGCCGAUCUACUCAGCCGCUGGCAUGAGCAGCUCCUGUGUCAACCCGAGGAAGACCCACGAUGCCAAGGAGACGAGGCCGGCAAGGAUCUCUUACCUUUCUGUAUGGUCAUCCCGGACCUUCUGCGGCCAGCAGAUGACGACAUGUUGGGUGAGCAGGACUACCCGGUGAUGGCUGCUGCGCCCGUGACCUCUGGGGCUCCUCCUGAGGGCGAGAGCCCACCAGAAGAGUGCUAUACGGCACCGCAGGUUGCUCAUGUAGAGGCUCCCCUGGCGGCACUAGACAUUAUCGACCUCAACCACAACCAGGCAGCUGUGGUGGAGAAGGCCCUCGCUGAGGAUGAUUCGGUGUCCAAGGAGUCGCGUCCGCGAGAUCUUUGCUGUGGCCGGAAAGUCGACCAUUCUGGGUUGUCUCUUUGGACAAGCGAUGGCCCUAAAGAGGUUAUGGUGAUCCCUAGCGAUUGCGAUGUCGACCUCCAGCCCAUGGUACCUACCCUGCUCGAGGACGGUUCGGAUAGAGACAUGAGGAAGAGUCUGCUAAUGAGGCUGCACGACAACUUGCUCACGGCGCACAACAGUAGAGAUCGGCUACUAGGCGUGGUCCUUCAAGUUGCUUGGUGGCCGGGGGUGUCGGCCGAUGUCAAAGCCUAUCGGGCUAGAUGUCCAAUUUGCUGCCCAGGACGAUACCGGCAACCCCCUGGUGUACUCCCCGAUUGCCGUACUCGCUUCGACACUUACAGCGUGGAUUUGAAGAUGAUCCCGACGGGUCUCAAGGAGAGGCUGGGUUUGCCGCCCAGUGCGUGUGUGGUCAGUGCCAUUGACCUGGCUACUGGUGAGGUGUCUUUUGAGCUUAUAAACGACCAGUCCGCUGCCAAUGUCGCCAGAUUCUUGUGGCAUAGAAUCAUUGUUCGUCAUGGCGAGUUCAGUAGGCUCUGCUCCGAUCAAGGAUCUGUAUUUGUCGGCUCGGUUCUGGGUGCUAUGAGUAAUCUUUUCGGGUGGGUGGUGAAGACCAGUGCGGCCCGUAACCCCACGGGAAACUCACGGAUAGAGCGAGCCCAUAGAGCUGUGAGUCAGACAUUCCGCUGGGUGGAAUCUCUGGGUGAUGCCGACGGCCCCGAUGAUCUGAGGCUCUAUCUGGGAUCAGCUGAGGCCAAGGUCAAUCUGGCGGCCAAUGAAGAGGGAUUGUCGCCCCAUCUGGCUGUAUAUGGUAGUGAACCGUUAAUGCCGCUGCUGAAGGAAGGAGUGACCUGCGAAUUGGAUGACUUGAACAAAGACAUUGACAAGAGAACCAUCGCUGAUAUUCGCGAAGCAGCUGUAUGGGCAACAGAAGCGCUUGCUGAUUCCAGGGACGUGAAGGCCUUCUACAACCGCGCUAGCUUGGCGGCCGGUUCUGCUGUGGAUAGUAACACUCUGAAGUUAUCGGAGCACGAUGAGGUUCUCUACGAAGGCCGAAGAGAAGUGGUGAAGAAACUAUUUCGAGCACCUGGGUCUGAUAUCCCCAUAGUGGCGGUUUUGGAGUCGGGCAAGAAGGUUCCCAUUGGUGCUUUGGCCCCUGCUACUGAGGUCCGAGCAGCUCACCUUGUCGCGCGUUCUGCGAGCCUCCAGGACGAUGCUCUAGUAGAUAAGUUCGUGGCGUUCUACUUGCCAUCUCAAGAUAACCUCGUCAUGGUGGGCAAGGUGAUUGAGGCCCGGUGUGAGAAGGUUGUUAUCUGGGUAUAUGAUGGUGGUGCUAAGACGACCGUGUUCCUCCCCCUCUGGAGGAGCGACGAGGCGACCAAGAGAAGUAAAGAGUCUCCUGGAAGGAAUUGGAUGGUAUUAACGACAGAGGUUCCUGCAAGCUGCAUCCUUGCCCGGGUUGAAAUACACCCCAACGGUCGUGUGACGGCUGCCAGCAAGGACCGGAUUGAGGCCCUUGGGAUAUCUCGCCCCUCGGAUACUCUGUUGAGCGAGCUGAAUCCCAUUCGUUUGCAGCUUCGUUCCAUCUAUCUCUAA